CAUAAAUUAAAUACUAGUAUUAUACACUGACAUAUAUGAAUAAAUUAAAUUAAAGUUAAAAUCUUUUAUAUGUUCUCCAUAACUAGCUAGUAUAAGAAACAAGAAAGAGAGGUAAAAAGUACUUAAAACACAUAAUCCAUGGCUAAAACACCCACAAAAUUAUUGCUAAUACUCCCUACAUUUCUCAUUCUAACCUUGUUCUUCUACUUAUCUAUCUUUCACCAAAACAAGUUUAACUUCAAUCUUCUUUCUAAGCUUUUCCGGCCACCUUUCGAUAAUCCUUCCAUUAAUAACAUCAUUAAUCAUACUCAUCAUCCUCAUGAUCAUGAUCAUGAUGACAACAUCUCAUAUUUUACCAUGCUAGUUAAACAGGAAAAAGAGAAGAAGAAGAAGAAGAAUAAUCAGAGUAGUUUGGAGAAGAUUGAGGAUGGUUUGGCCCGAGCUCGUAGCUCUAUCCAGGAAGCAACCCGUACCCGGAGUUGUAAGUCGGAGGAAGAGGAGAUAUUUGUUCCAAGAGGACCGGUUUACCGGAAUCCGUAUGCUUUUCAACAGAGCCACAGAGAAAUGGUAAAAAGAUUCAAGAUAUGGACCUACAAAGAAGGGGAAAGACCCUUGGUGCACCAAGGACCAAUGAGCUACUUCUAUGGCAUAGAAGGCCAUUUCAUCCAAGAAAUGGAGGACGGAACGAGCUCAAUCAACAAGUUCAUGGCUCGCCACCCUGAUGAGGCGCACGUCUUCUUUCUCCCCUUCAGUAUCGUAAACAUGAGGCUAUCGUUUUACAAGCCCCUCGACUAUGACCGCGGUCCUAUCAACAAGGUGUCGUUAGACUAUGUCAAUGUGGUAGCUCAGAAGCAUCCUUAUUGGAAUAGAACUCACGGGGCUGAUCAUUUCAUGCUCUCGUGCCAUGAUUGGGCACCGGAGAUCUCAUUCGCCAACCCGCAGUUGUUGAAGAAUCUUAUAAGAGCACUUUGUAACGCCAAUACGUCUGAGGGAUUUCAACCCAUGAGAGAUGUUCCCAUCCCGGAAAUUAAUGUCCCGGGUAAGGACUUAAACCAACCAGGGUUGGGUUUGCGAACAAGUAAGCGCCGAAUCCUUGCAUUUUUCGCCGGUGGUAACCAUGGACACGUUAGAAAGUCCUUAUUCGCGCAAUGGGAAAAGGACAGCGAAAUCCAACUCUACGAACACCUACCAAAGAAUCAAAACUACUUUCAAAUGUUAGGGCAAAGCAAGUUUUGCUUGUGCCCUAGUGGUUAUGAAGUGGCAAGUUCGAGAAUUGUAGAAGCUAUUCGUGCAGAGUGCGUACCAGUGAUUAUCAAAGAUAAUUAUUCGUUUCCUUUCAGUGAUGUUCUUGAUUGGAAUCGAUUUUCGAUCUAUGUUCCAAAGGCGAAAAUACCCGAGAUUAAGACAAUGUUGAAAGGUAUUUCUCCUAGACAGUAUGCGAAAUUGGUAAGAGGAGUAAGGAGUGUGAAAUGGCAUUUUACGUUGAAUAGACCUUCUAAACCAUUUGAUUUGAUUCAUAUGGUGUUGCAUUCUAUAUGGUUACGUAGGCUUAAUAUAAGAUUGCCAUAUUAAUAUCAUUGUAUCAAUGAAGGAUCUAAUGAACAUACAUAUAACAUAUAGCUAGUAGAAAUACAAUACAUUGUUUCAAUUGCACACACUACAUACAUAUUGGAAUGAAAUUGAAGCAAAUAAUUUUGUGUUCA